UGUAUUCAAACGUCAUUAUCCUGAUGUUGCCACGAAUGCACAACUACAUCAUGUGGAAUUUAGUAAGUUGCAGACUUUGCUUCUUUCUCUCUUUACAGCUCUGUUUACGGUCUGUUUGGGUCACAGCAGACGAGCUGGGCGACGAGAUCAAGAUCGACGUUGUAUUUAAGCCCUUGCAGUGUACUGAAAAGAGCAAGAGAGGAGAUCUGAUCAAUGCUCAUUACGAUGGGUUUCUCGCCGAAGAUGGUUCCCAGUUUUACUGCAGUCGGUCAGACAAGGAAGGCCACGCACAGUGGUUUGUGCUGGGUGUUGGGCAAGUUAUAAAGGGCCUCGAUGUUGGCAUGAUGGAUAUGUGUCCUGGAGAGAAGCGAAAAAUAACUGUUCCUUCAACCCUGGCAUUUGGUGAGAAAGGCAAAGGUCCAGUGCCACCAAAUGCGACCGUGGUCUUUGAGGUGGAGGUGCUGGCUGUGUCCAGGGGACCACGCAGCAUGGAGGCAUUUGCAAACAUGGACAUGGAUAAAGACAAAAGUCUCUCGAAGGCUGAGGUAAAAGAAUACUUGAGACUGGACUUUGAGAAGAAAAAUGGGAAGCGAGACGACCCGUUCUAUGAGAAGAUCGUUGAGGACAUAUUCCGCAAGACUGACCAAAACAGAGAUGGAGAGAUCAGUUCAAACGAGUAUAAUAUCUAUCAGCACGAUGAGCUUUAGUGUCAGAGGGAGUUUGUGGUGUUUAGUUAAUAAACUUUUGACUAUUUAGAAGAAGGAAAAAAAACAGGUAGAAGCAACAACCAAACUCAAUGACAUCCACCCACAUGAACUCCAGAAGUAAAACCACUUUUAUGAAAAUAUGCUUCUACUGUACACUUCCAUUGUUAAUGCUUUCCUUUGUUUUUCAGAUUAUCCCUCAAAAGUACUAGUUUGUUUUUUAAAAUCUUUUUUUUAAGCCUUACAAUUUCUUAGCUUAAUUCAGAACCACAAACAUAAAAUUGAGUUCUUUUUAAAAGGUAUAUCAGGGAAUAACCAUGAUAAUAAUAAUGUAUUUUAGACAUUUGAAAUCCAUUACCAGUACUAUCAAAUAUCAAUGACUGGUUUUAAAAUAUCUUAGAAAGAACACUUGUGAUAUGAACCUUUACUUUUGUACAAAUACCAACUCUGAAGAUUUAAGCUUUUAACGUUUCUCAAAAAAAAAAGAAGAAAAAAAACAAACCACAAGACUGCACAAUGUUGGGAUUGCUGGCCAGGAAACUGUGACAUGAGUCCCAUGCAAUGUUAUAGUCAUGUUAUAACUAAUAACGGUGAGUAGACUACGACUGUGAUGAGACUUUAACUUCAUCAGCAUUCCUCAGACAGGAUCUUUUUUUAAAACAUGAACAAAAUUACAUGCAAGACAUUUUAUUUAAUUGGCACUACAUAACAAUAAUAAUUAUGAUUCUUGUCAGGACCUUUAAUUCAUAAUGUACUGUGUACAAUUUCUGUGGAUAUACAAUAAAAGAACUUGAUGUGUCUACAGUUGACUUCUUUCAUUGCGGUAAUUCAAGAGUUUUGUACUAAGAUGAGAAUCAAACGUCUGGGACAUUCUGCAUGUUUUUCUGAAAUGUGAGUCUCUUCUUAUUCACAAUUGUUCUCUAAUAAAUAGUGUUUUGUCAUAAUCAGG